CAUAAACUCGAUCGAGGUACCGGCUAUGGCCGAAUUGGAUUCUCCUAUCCCGAGGAAAAGCUUGCUGACCUGCAAUCACACUUAAAAGAAGCAGGUCUGCCCAUAAAACACGAGCUUCUCACUUUGGCCACACCUGGCAAAGCUGAAGUAAAAGCUAUUAUUUUGACGGAUCCGAACGGACAUGAGAUUUGUAUGGUUGGCGAUAAAGGAUUUCAUGAACUCUGCCGAGUUGAUCCGAAGGCCGAUCAAUCACUUCAUGAAGCAAUAUCUAAGGAUGACACUCAGUAA